CUCGAGUUAUAUAACACAAAAAUGUCUGUCGCUGACGGUACGGCUGAGAUCGCCGUUCCUACGGGAGGUGUCAACGUCGUUUUGGGUGCGCAGUGGGGUGAUGAGGGAAAGGGAAAGCUUGUCGACGUCCUCUGUGAUGAGAUUGAGGUCUGCGCGCGUUGCCAGGGUGGUAACAACGCCGGUCACACUAUCGUCGUCAACGGUGUCAAGUACGACUUCCACAUCCUCCCCUCCGGUCUCGUCAACCCCAACUGCGUCAACUUGAUCGGUACUGGUGUCGUCAUCCACAUCCCCGCUUUCUUCGCCGAGCUCGAGGCUAUUGAGAAGAAGGGUCUCGACUCCACCAACCGUAUCUUCGUGUCCGACCGCUGUCACGUUGUCUUCGACUUCCACCAGAAGGUCGACGCCCUCCGUGAGGCCGAGCUCGGCGGCAAGUCCAUCGGUACUACCCACAAGGGUAUUGGACCCGCCUACGCCACCAAGGCUUCCCGCUCCGGUAUCCGCGUCCACCACCUCUACGACUGGCCCGAGUUCGAGACACGAUUCCGUCGUUUGGUCGAGGGACGUAAGAAGCGUUACGGAGAUUUCGAGUACGAUGUCGAGGCGGAGUUGGAGAGAUACAAGGGUCUUGCGGAAAAGUUGAAGCCAUACGUCGUUGAUGCCGUUCCUUGGAUGCACGAGCGUAUCAAGCAGAACAAGCGUAUCCUUGUCGAGGGUGCUAACGCGCUCAUGCUCGAUUUGGACUUCGGUACUUACCCCUUCGUUACCUCUUCCAACACUGGUAUCGGUGGUGUCUGCACUGGUCUCGGUCUCCCUCCUCAACGCGUCAACAAGGUUUGGGGUGUCGUCAAGGCUUACACCACCCGUGUCGGUGCCGGACCUUUCCCUACGGAGGAUUUGGGCGAGAUCGGUUCUUACCUCCAGGAGACCGGUUUCGAGUGGGGUGUCACCACCGGCCGCCGCAGAAGAUGUGGAUGGCUCGACUUGGUUGUCGUCAACUACUCUACCAUGGUCAACGGCUACACCGGCUUCAACAUCACCAAGCUCGAUGUUUUGGACGAUUUGAAGGAGAUCAAGGUCGGUGUUGCAUACCACUACCAGGGCAAGAAGCUCGAGUCCUUCCCUGCGGACUUGAACUUGUUGGAGAAGGUUGAGGUUGAGUAUGUUACUCUUCCUGGAUGGCAGGCGAAGACUAGCGAGUGCAGAAAGUACGAGGAUUUGCCGGAGAAUGCGCAGAAGUACAUUGAGUUCAUUGAGAAGUUCACUGGUGUUAAGGUUGAGUUCAUCGGUGUUGGUGCUGGACGUGAUGAUAUGGUUGUCAAGAACUAA